AUGGCUCAAGCUCAUUUGGCAGACGCCAUCCAGCUCUUGCUGGAUUUCUUUCUUGCCAUGGCAGUUGUGGGUUCACCGGAUCCAAGCGCUGUGGAGUUCAUGGUCGCUAAAUCAAGCCUUCUGAGGCUAGAGAAGCUUCCUGAAUCGAUGCCAGAUGUCCUACCCGAUGCUCUGGAGGGCAAGAUGCCUUUGGCAGCGUAUGAAGAAUUCCGUGUUUCGCUGGACGGGGAGUUUCAUUCAGCUUUUGAGGCUCUGGAAGCUGUCGGUGAGCAUCAGUGCAAAAUCUGGAUGGUCGUCGUGGGCCUGGCAUUCCUCGCCUUAUUGCUCAGUGUGGUCCUGGCGACGGCAGUGGGGCUUGUUGUCGGGCUCGUGGGCUUCAUUGUGCCCAUACUCGCGGCCGGUGUCGUUCUCUUUGGCUGGAUCGAGCUUGCCACGCGGAGACGAAAGAGCAUAAUGAACCAGACUCAGAGCAACAUCGAGGAGGUGAUGACUGCGGCCAACGCAGCAAAUCCUGCAUUGCAGUGGACCAUCAGCAUACCGUACAGGGUCGACCAGGAUUUCUGCUUCAAGGUGCAGGCAAACGUGCCCGCUGCAGAGACUGCAUAA